GCCUGCUAGCUGGCUGGGCUUAACUCACCGAAGGGUACUGUCAAGACGGUAUUGCUUGCUCUACUGCUUGUGCGCGUACACCGUGCAUGGUCGCCGCAUGCAUAAUAUACCCUGAUUGAUUCAUUCCUGACCUGUGCUGUUCAUCAACGGCCCCAAGCUCAUCAAAUCAGCUGGCUUUGCCUGCCCACACGACCAAUCAUGCUCGUCCUGAACUCAAUUACACAGGCACUUGCGGCGGAACGACGAUACCGGAGCUAGGCCCGCCCCACGGAGAUAGUCAGAUAGUCCAGAGCCAAGGAUUCUCCAGACAUUUUUCAGUCGCAAGACAUUGACAUUCUCCCAAGUAGUUGCUCACGUCGCCUGGUGGAUCAACCCUGCGGUGUACUCUUAUCUUUUGUCUUGCCUUCCGUCUUGUCAUGGUCUCGGCGCCUCUUUAGUACACCAUGCGCCGUUUCGUUGUAUGUAAUGGUAGGAGUUUGGCCGUCAGAGCCUCAAUCAGCAACUAUGCGCUCCCACACCGGUCGAUAGCCCGCCCUAUAGCUCGAACGUAUACCGCGACUUCGCAGCGCCGGCAAAAUGCCUUCCACUCCCAGCUCGACGAUCCCUCAUCGUCAGCCAUCCUUUCGUCAUUCAAAACUACGCCCUCGACGACAGCACAGACCUUGACUGAAAAGAUCGUACAGAGGUAUUCAGUGGGACUUGCACCUGGAAAGGUGGUCAAGUCGGGAGACUAUGUCACUCUUUCUCCUCAUCACUGCAUGACACACGAUAACUCAUGGCCAGUGGCCUUGAAGUUCAUGUCUAUCGGUGCCACCAAGAUCCACAACAGCAAGCAGAUUGUUAUGACCUUGGACCACGACGUCCAGAACAAGAGCGAGUCGAACCUCAAGAAAUACCAACAAAUCGAGAAGUUUGCCAAGCAACAUGGUGUAGAUUUCUACCCCGCAGGACGAGGUAUCGGUCACCAGAUUAUGGUUGAAGAGGGAUAUGCAUGGCCCGGUACUGUCACUGUCGCAUCUGAUAGUCACAGUAACAUGUAUGGUGGCAUUGGCUGUCUUGGCACUCCCAUGGUACGGACGGACGCAGCUAGUAUAUGGGCUACGGGUCGAACUUGGUGGCAAGUUCCCCCAACCGCGAAGGUCACACUUACUGGCAUUCUGCCCCCUGGCGUAACAGGAAAGGAUGUAAUUGUGGCCUUGUGUGGAUUAUUCAACAAGGAUGACGUACUCAACCAUGCAAUUGAGUUUACAGGUACUGAGCAAACCAUGAGCAGUAUUCCAGUGGAUGACCGUCUUACCAUCGCCAACAUGACUACUGAAUGGGGUGCUCUCUCUGGCCUGUUCCCGAUUGACUCCACACUGCAAACAUGGUUACGUGCCAAGGCAACGGUUUCAUCUGUUCUUGGUGAUGGUGUCGCAAUAAACCAGUUCUCCCACCAGAGAAUUGACGAUCUCAUCCAAAACCAGUUAACGGCCGAUUCCGAUGCCACCUACGCCAAGUCGCUGUACCUUAACCUCUCGACGCUGGCUCCUUAUGUUGCCGGACCCAACUCCGUCAAGGUUGCCACACCUUUGAAGACUUUGGAGGAGCAGAGCAUCAAGUUGGACAAAGCCUACCUCGUAUCCUGCACAAACAGCAGAGCUUCGGAUAUUGCUGCUGCCGCACGAGUAUUCCGGGAAGCUGCAGCAAAUGGCAAGGAGGCUAAACUUGCGCCUGGCGUUAAGUUCUACCUGGCUGCCGCAUCCACUGUUGAACAACAAACCGCAGAGGAGACUGGUGACUGGCAAGUGCUAGUAGAUGCCGGCGCUCAGACCUUGCCGGCUGGAUGUGGUCCUUGUAUUGGUCUUGGUACAGGUCUACUUGAGCCUGGCGAGGUUGGAAUUUCAGCAUCAAACAGGAAUUUCAAGGGUCGCAUGGGGUCCACAGAUGCUAAGGCUUACCUAGCCAGCCCUGAGAUUGUGGCAGCAAGUGCUUUGCAGGGCAAGAUUGCUGGCCCAGGCUGGUACCAGAAGCCUGAUGGUGUCAACAAAGUCAUCAUUGGUGAGGGUCUUGGCGACUUCGAGCAAGACAAGGCUAUCAGUAUUGAGGAGGCCUUGGAGAAAAUCAUUGCUCAAGCUGAAAGCCUCAUUGGGAACGUGGAAGGCGACUCUAGUGCAACGGAAGCCCCCGAGGGGGAGGAAACUCUGACCGACAUCCUUCCUGGAUUCCCCGAGAAGGUUGAAGGUGAAAUUGUUUUCUGCGAUGCAGAUAACAUCAACACUGAUGGCAUCUACCCUGGAAAAUACACAUACCAAGAUAAUGUGUCCGUCGAAAAGAUGGCCGAGGUAUGCAUGGAGAACUACGACAAGUCCUUCGGGGAGGUCGCCAAGCAGGGCGAUAUUUUGGUAUCCGGCUUCAAUUUUGGCUGUGGCAGUUCGCGAGAGCAGGCUGCUACUGCCAUUCUUGCCAAGAAGAUCCCACUCGUCGUUUCGGGAAGCUUCGGUAACAUCUUCAGCCGGAAUAGUAUCAACAAUGCCUUGAUGGGCGUUGAAGUUCCCAAAUUAGUGCAGAGACUGCGAGAGACUUUCAAGGCCGAGACUGAGGAGAGCAAAGUCCUCACCAGACGAACAGGCUGGAAAUUCCUGUGGGACGUAAGAAGAAGCAAGGUCACCGUGACCGAGGGUGAGGGCGGUCAGACGUGGAGCCAGAAGGUCGGCGAGCUGCCGCCCAAUGUACAAGAAAUCAUCGCACGUGGCGGUCUGGAGAAGUGGGUUAAGCAUGAGAUUUCCGCCUAAGUGUGUACAUAUAGAGAGUUUUGCAAAUACCCCGUUUGAGAUAUACACCAAAGGGAAAGGUUGCGUGGAGUUCUAAAAAUGGCUAGUCAAAACGUACAACGACAAGCGCUUGGAUCUGGACAUCGCAUUAUUGCAUACUUCGUAUAUCUCGAAGAAGCAUCACUUUGCAUAACUUUAUCAGAGCCUAAUCUCGGCUCUGACGAUUGACCGCUGUGCUAAAACGCCAAGACUGACCUCUC